AUGACAGAGGGUGUUACAAAACCCAGCUGUUGACUCUGCUCCUCUUUCCACAAGUUGCUUUGUCUGUGGCAGGAAUGGCUGAUCUAUGAAGCAGUUUUUGACAGCUGCAGUUUCUGGCCUAAUUUAUUCAAGUAAACCAGUGGUGACUUUAAGUUGUUUUAAUGCACUGGGUUGGCAACUCCAACUGUUUAGGAGCUGUUUCCAGUGUAAAUUGUCAGUGCUACCAUAGUAGUGGCAGCCUUAGUGGAAGAGUGAAAGCCUGGUAGGAUGUUUAAGUUGCCAGUAUGAGUGCAUAAAUUCUGUUUGUGAUUCAUAGCUACCUUGAGAAAGAGUUUUUGCAGCAGUGUGCUAGCACUUGCAGAACAAUUGCAGACAGCUGCUGGCAAGACACAUUUUCUUGGCUCAAAAUGAUUAAUCUCAAGCUAAGGCAAUUUUCUCCAAGAGCUCUGGUUGUUAAUCAAAUUUGGAGAAAAGACAACAAGAAACAUUAAAACAGAUACUCUUCUUUGAGGUUUCAAUUGCACUGGGAUUGGAAGAAGACUGUUUACCUUUUUUGGAAAAGGUUUUGGAUGCAGUCUGAGUCAAAGUAUGAAGAAGAGAUGCCUUCUCUGCACUGGGGGAUAGAUCCUGUAUUUUCUGCCUUUGCAAGACUCUAUAUUAAAGAUAUUAUAGAAAUGAGAGAAUCUAAACAGGUGCCAGGUAUAUUCUUUUAUAAUGGCCAUCCGAUAAGACAGGUGGAUGUUGUUGGGAUAGUGGUUCAAACAAAGGAGCGAGAUGCCUUUUAUAAUUGUGGAGUGGAUGAUAGUACUGGAGUUAUAAAUUGUGUCUGCUGGAAAAAUCCCAUGGUAGCAGAAACACCUUUAUCAGGUCAGCCAAGCACAUCGAGCAGUCUCAAUGUGUUUGAACAGAUGAAGAAACUCCAAGAAACAGUGAGCCAGAAAACCAAGCUGGCAAUUGGAGAUGUCGUCAGGGUCAGAGGUCACAUCCGAACCUAUAGGCAGCAAAGAGAAAUUCAGGCUUCAUGUUUUUAUAAAGUGGAUGAUCCCGUGUGUGAUGUCCAGAUUUCAAGAAUGCUGGAGCUCCCCUCUCUCUAUAGAGAAGUUUAUGAUAAACCUUUCAAGGGCCCUGAGGAAACACAGAGCGGCCUGGAGGGUCAGAAUUUCUCAAUCCAUAUGCUUCAUGAGAAAGUGCAAAGCUUUCUAUUAGAAAACAAAAUUCAGACCUUUUACCAGCAGGAGUUGGAAACAGUUGAUUCUCUGGUGUCUCUGGCUGGUGUGCAUCUACCCAGCCCCAGCUGUCAGGAGGUGAAGUCAAAAAGUAACUCCAGUUCCAAAAGGAUUCACAGUGUUUUUAAGGAAGCAAUAAAGAUGCUACAAGAAAAAGGAGUGGUUUUCCAGAAACCUAGCAGCUCCAAGGAUUUAUACUAUGUGACUGACCAUGAUAAGGAGCUGUUUAAAGUGACGCUUGAUGUGAUUAAAGAAGACUGUCAAAAACCCAGGCAUGCUGAAAAAGGCUGCCAUUUCCUUCAUGUUCUGAGUUGUGUUCGACAGAGCUACAACCCCUCUCUGGCUGAAGUGGUGAUGCAGCGUGUCUUGGAACUGCUGGAGAACAACAGUGAUGUUGUCAGCACAAUGGAAGGAUAUUUUAUGGUAUUUUAAAGAGAAAAGAUAAGAAAGAGAGGUUGAGAGACUGUGAGAAGCUGUCAUUAGCUGGUAUGAUCUAGAUAGUAGAUAAAAAAGAGCCUUUUGAUUCUCCAAAUGCUAUUUUUGUCCAGCUUCAGAGAAAUUGUUCAAAUACUUCUUUUAAUAUUCUUGCUGACUUCCUUGCUAUUCCUAGUGAUAUCAAACUGAUUCUGGACAUUCUAAUCUAGCAGGGAACUGGAAAAGAAACUGCUCUUUUACUGGAGCAGGAUGAGACAUUGACCAUCCUCACAUGUGCAUCCAGUGGGCCUAAAGAAAAGUCACUACUGAAGAUCAGUUUACAGCAGUGAUCAUCUCAGGAGAUAUUUUUCUGGCUUAAAGACUUAUCUUGCAAACUUUCAUGUGGUAAUAGCUGUGGAUCUUUCUUUUUAUGUGAAUUUCAUACCACCUAGAGAAAGGACACACAAAAAGAAGGAUUUGCCUGUUCUUCCUGGCAGUGCUGGUGCACCUUUGUCUGUGAAUAUGUAGUCCUCAAUCUGGACAGCUUUCCCACUACCAAAGCAACUCUCACCAUUUUCUGUGAGGUAAUAUUCAGGAAUGGGAUCCUACAUCCCUUCCCCAUCCUGCAGCCUUUCCCACUGGUUGUCAAGCAUGUCUGCAUUCCUCUGCAUUUCCAUCUGUGCUACUGAUGCCUGUUGUUGCUGUUCCUCUUCAGACCAGAAUUUUCAAAGUCAUCUAUUGUUUUGCUGUUUCAUUUGCUUCCUACAUCACAAAUGGGAAAAUAUAAAUUACAUGCUUUGGAAAAAAAAUAUACAGAAGCCACUGAGACCCACUGUAAUCUCCUCUGCCUGUUGCUUUUUGUGUCUUUUAUUCUUUGUCACUGUUGUGGUAAAAUACUGCCCAUAUCUGUGCUUGCAGAAGAACACAAGGCAUAGAAGAAACAACACUGGCCUAAAGAAGGUUACCAUGCAAGAUGUUUGAUCUGGAAUAAUUAUAACUCUGUUAUGUGCAACAGUAAAAAAGCCAAGUUGUUCGAUAUUUAUCCUUAGAGAGGCCUUGCUGCUGCAGGGGCUUGUCUGUUUAAUUAACCUGUUUAAUUUAUGGUGUGGAGGUGAGACCUUUAACUUGAAAAGAGUACAAAAGAUUGAAUUUAUCCUUCUUUCCUUUGCACCUACCCUGUAGCAGUUGAAAUAGCAGACUCCCAGGAGGCAGCUGUAGUGGUAAAGCCCUAUAAGGAUUGACAUAGCAGGGAAAAAUAAACCAUAUGCAUGAGGAAAGCCAGUGAGUAGCCCCAUGUGUGCCAGCUCUCUGGUUUGUUAUAUUAUCUGCCUCACUCCAAGCCCUGGCUGCAGAUAUAGGCUAAGAGAAAAGCAUGACAAAAUAUUUGGCAUUUGCAUUCAGAGGCCUGUGGAAAACUCUGGCCUUAAAGAGAUGUUCGUAUAUAUGAAUCAUUCAUUUGCUGUGUAUUCCCUUUUUGCUGCAGAACUCAAUAGUUGGUUUCCUCACAGAUUUCCCUACUCCUCAUGUUGUUUCUCUGCUUUGAGUCAGGUACCUUCUAGUCAGAUCACAAUAUGGGCCCUGAACAGGUGCUGAAGGGAUGUACCUGUGCGGAAGGAAAUAGAAGAGGAUUAAGGAAGAGCUGUAGAAUAUUUGUUCCUGACUCCCUCCCCAUGCUCUGAAUAUCUCUAAAUCAGGAAAAGAAGGCAGAUUCUUAGUCAAGUGGUACUAAAGGGAAUUGAAACUUUAAUUUAUGCCUAUGAGAAGAUAUGGUUGGCCACUGGGGAGAAUUGCUUUUUAAAUUCCUGCUCUGAUUGUUGAUCAGUUUGAAGUGAUGCUUAAAAACAAGGCUAUCUAUGGAAGAAGUAGCUUGGAAUAUUGAAUCCUAAAUUCAAAUUCACUUCAGGAAUUGCCCAUAACCAAGCAGUACAUAUGGUUAAAUUGCUUAUUUGGCCUGAAUUUGAGGAUAUUUUAAAGGAAAGUAUGAGGUGUUUCAGACCAUUUGGAAGAGUGUGGCAUCUAAUUUAAGAGACUGUCUUGGCCAUUUUCUUGAAAUGUUCUGUAUUAGCAGAAGUUUAUUUUGCUGGGAAAGGGUUAAAGGAACAGUGCUAGCUCAGUGGGAAAGGUGAUCUCCUCUCUUAAGUUAGAAGAAAGACCCUGGUUCUCCUGAAGAUGACAGCUGAGUGUGUGGGCUGGAUGAGUUUGGGGAGAAAAAGAGAGUUUGGAGAUCAGGUUGCUCUUUAGGAUCUCUUUAUAAUAAAUUCUUACCAAAAUAGGAUUACAUCUUUGGGCUUUGCAGUUUGUAUAGUUACACAUGCAAAUUCUUUUGCCUCCAACACUGAGGCUGCACUUACUGUGUUUUAGAUGUGUUUCUCUGUGUAAAGUUUGCCUAAAAUCCCUGUCCACUGAUUUUCUAUGCUUGGAGGUAGAAAGGGCAGACACUUCUAUCUGCAUCAGUCCUGCCCCUGUUGCAGUUCCAAAGCACUGAACAACUGCAAAGCCUUGGAGAUGAGGUGGAAGGAACUUAUCUCAGGAAACACGGGUAAGUUAUUCUGGAAAGAAACUGUCCCUGGAAGUUUUUAAGUUGAUCCUUGCUGGAGUGCUUGACUUGUGUGAUGGAGGGUGUGUUCUGAUGGUGUUUGUUCCCUAACAGGAAAAAAGGGAUUUUUCUCAGAUGAGUUGUCUCAGGCAAGUAAGAUGAAUAAACACAAGGGAGCCUACAGUUUUUACAAGAGUGAAAGGUUAAGCUAAAGUUAAUGGAGGAGCCUAGAUUUAAGCUACACAGAUUCUGUCUAUCUCUACAGAAUAGCUGUGUUUUAAGCUUGCAUGCUUUCUUUUUUCCACAGUAGCCACCCAGCCCAGGUUACUCUGGUUGAGAGCACUCCCUCUUGCACCUACAGGGAAUACAACAUGCAUAUGCCUGCACAGCAGUACCCCGAGGAGCUGUGGGAGCACAGAGCUCACUGUAGGCUGAUUUACCCAUUCACUCAGUAUCUCUACAGUGUGCUUCUGUGACAGCAGUCUAGACAUACCCAUGUUGGUAUAAGUCACCUUUAUGUAAGUUGAACUACACACACUAGGGCUUUUACUGCAAAUAAACUGUCUCUCUGUUUAAAGAUCAUAUCCUUAACCAACAGAGUCAUAUCAAGCACACUGUUAAAAUUCUUAGACCACACCUAUGAAAUAUUGUGCAGAGGAUUCAGUGAAAGCAUGCUUUCUUGUUUUGUUUAAUUUAAAAACUCGUUAGGCAACACAAUUAUUACUGGUUUAUUAAAGGACUUAGAAGGUGGUACUUUAAUGUGAAGCUGACAAGUGAGAAUUCAUGUUGUAGAACUGCUUCAUGGCCAGCUCCAGUUUCCAUAGCAACAGUUAUGCCAGUAAAAGGUAGGUAAGGAAAAUGGAAUUUUUAAAAUCAGUCACCAUUUCUGUUACCUUAAAAAGGUAAGUUUCCAUAGAAAUGCAACACCUGAGAACAAAAAUUACUUAAGAAUCUCAAUAUUCUAUUCUGCCAAAAUGCAUGGUGAUUGCUUUUCUUGUGAGGAAACAAAGAAACAGCUUUACCUUCAGUCCCUGCCCUCUGCUUAUGUGAGAGGGGAGAUGAGGUUACUUCAUACCUCGGUUGCCCCCUUUUGUAAACUGGGAAUAAUACAAUUCCCCCGUGUAGGGCAUAAGCCUCAUUUUUUUUGUAAUCUUAGUCAUUAAAAGCUCUAUGGGAGCUAUUAGAGAAGAACUCUGUGGCUGUGUGGGAGAGAGUGAAUGGAUAAAUGCUGGAGAGGAACUUUAGACUUUUUUAGUACUAAUAGCUUUAUAUUUUUAUGCCUCACUUUCCUUGCAUAUUGCUUUGCUUGUCUUGUCGUCUUGCUCUCCAAGGCAAAUGAGGGUCUCCCUGGUUUUAUUUAUAUCAUAUUUUUCCUGGAAUCAUAUUUCUAAUGACUUCUUAGAUGACUUCAUAAAAAUAGAAAUCCAGAUAAAUGAGUUCUGAGUAUUCUUGUUCUGAAAUCUUUAAAUUUGAACCCACAAAGGUAUGGAUUUUACACAAUGUGCCUGGGAAAUGAAGCUUUACUUUCAAAAUAAUAAAUGACAAAGUUAAAUAUUGGUUACAUGACUAAAAGCUGUUACUGUUUUGGAUCUGUGUGUACUUGUGUAUUCCAGUGAUGAAUACCAUAAAUAGGAGUUGCUAAUUCAUUAUUCAACAUGGGAAUUCAGUGAGCAGCUAGUGAGGCAUGGAGCCACACAGAGAAUUAUGAGACAAAGUACUAGAAAUCUGUUUGUCAAAGAAAUGCAGUUUGGUUUACUUUGAGAGUAAGCUGAUCCUGUGGGGAAGAGAUGUGCCUAGCAAAGAUUUGUAUCUUUAUACUUACCUCUAAAUGGGAAGGGAGCAAGUUCAGAUCCCAUGGGCACCCUGAAUUUUGAAACUUCCUGUCAGUGCAGCGCUGUGUUCUUUAUUGCUGUCUUUCAGCACAGUCUCCAGUCCUCCUGCCCAACCCUCCAGGCUAGAGCAAAAAAAAGUUCAGCCACAAAGAUAAAAGAAUAGUUAAAAUAAUUGGUUACCAUCCUCCAGGAGUCCCAGCAUUACAGCAACAUUUUUGUGGAUCCUUGUGGGCAGCAGGGAAAUGCUGAGCCAAGGAUCUUGGGUUUCAUUCCCAGCAAUAUACCCUGCCAGGCACAGGGACUUUCUCCCUAAUUUCUUUCAUCUAUUCCUGAGCUCCACUCUCCCCUCUGACUCGUUACUCAGGCCCUUCAUUUCAUUCACAGUCACAUCCUGUCAAAAUCCCUUCCUCUCUUUUGUUCCCUAUAUCUUUCCUAACUCAAAUAUCCUUGUCAACAUCUGGCAAUUGAAACUUUCAGAAUAAUCCCCUUGCCCAACUGACCCGGCACUGUUCACAGCCUUUUCUGUUUCCAGCAGGCUGUCCUUUGCUCCUUGUCUAGGCACCAGAAGAGGCCACUUUCUUCCCAGUGUGAUUUGCAGCAGGAAAGAGCUGCUCUUUCCACCCCACUCUCCUGAAGAUUCAGUAGCGCCCUAAAUAUUAUAGUGGUGAGUUUUUUGCAGGUAUCCAAGUACAAAAAAAAAAAUGUAACUAAAAAAUAAGAGUCAUGCCUUGCCCAAACCUGAACAAGCAGGAGUCACGCCCCUGAUAGAAGCUAUCUGCCUCUCCCUGCCACUUGCAUGUCCUUGCAGAUCUCAUUGCAGACAUGAUCUGUAAAUCUGAUGUGGACUUCUAACUUGUGUGUCUCCCAGUUAGUGUAGUCCUCUUUAUAUUCUUUUUUUUUUUUUUUCUGAGAAAUUGUGACUAUUCUGAUGUGAUUAUACUGUGUGUCUGGGCAUUUGUCAACUUCUCUCCCACCACCCCAAGUGACUUUGGCUAGUUAAGAAGUGUGAAGGACCCUGAACAGUUACAAUCUGGCACUUUUUUAGGAAAUGGAUGCACUGAUAGAGGGAAGCCUAAAUCAGUGCCUCCAUCAAAGGGAAGACAGAAAGACAACACCAGAGGAACCACACAUGGGACAGUCUCAAAGAACCUGUUCCUGUAACUUAAGCUGCCACAAGAAGUACUUGUUCUGCAAGUGCUCUUUUAAGAAAUGACUGGACAGUUUUUGCAGAAGUUUCCUCACAGAGAUUGCCCUAAGACAGUCAUUUGUAAACUGGAAAUCCAUUAAAAUCUGGUAAAGCUGCAUUGGGGUACAAAGUUUAGCAACAGAUUGUUAAUGAUGCUACCAGCCUAUUUCCACUAAUAUCUUUUAAUGUGCAAUGCAGGCUAUACUAAUCUAGUCACAGCAAUUUACAAGUUGAAACCAGCCCAGAUUAACAAGAUUGCCUGAGAAUAGGAAUUUGCCAAUGAAAGAAAUAACCUAAAGGAACAAUUUUCAGUAAGUGUUAACUACUGAACACUGCAGUGCCAAUUAACCUGGCACAACAUGUCCUACAGCUCUUGUUUUAGCUUGCUCUUUGUUAUUCACUUCUGGAAGAAGGCACACUCCUCUACCAGCUAGAACUGGAGCUCUCUGCCACCUUCACAUCGCUCUGCUGGAAACAAGGUAAGGUAAAUAGCAAAUGUAUAUCACUGCAUAGCAACCAACAUGAUUAAAUGCAGUGUGUGCCAAGUCUGUUAUUGGCCUGGAAAGUUCAUGGUUCCUCCCAGGAGUGGACUUCAGCCAAAUAUUACAGGAAUAUUUGGAAAUAGGAGGGAGGAAUCUAUUCCCUCAACUGUCUUCCCCAACAAUGGAGUCCUGCAAGUCCUGCAGGCCUAACUCUAAUAUACUCUUGGCAAGGAACAAAGGUGGUACAGAAAUGAAAACAGUACUUGGGGCUGGGUUUUUCUCUUGUUGACAAUAUUGGUCAUUUGCUUUGAGAGUGUAGGGGCUGUCCUUGUGUUCAUGUAAAACUCUUUGCUACAUUGUCCACAAAAUACCUCUGAGCCAGCUGGUGCUCCGAACUGCUGCCUACACUGCUGACUCAUGUCUGUCAUUGUUUUCUGUCCUCACCUUGUCUUUUUUCCCCAAUAAAAUCUCUUGAACUUAAUUCCUGAUUCAAAGAAGUUAUGGUCUCUGUCCUCCUGUGAGUACAGUGAUCCAGGACAAACAUAACAAGAGCAAACUGAUGUAGAGAAGAGUUUUUGUUGGAACCCUGAAUGUAGCAAAGGAUGAGAAGUACAGAGGAAGCUGAAGGAGGAGGAUUUAGCACAAAGACGUUUGAAAUGAGUCCUACUGAAAAAGGCUAAAGAAAUAAUUGCCUAAUGAUGCUGUGGACAUCUGUUUGAGAACAGGCAGCAGGUGUUGCAUGUAAUGAAAGCAAGGACUUGUACUGUUUUAUUUUCUGCAGUUAGAAAGUAGAGGAGGAAAUGAGGUCAGGAAAAAUGGAGUAAGAGAACAUUUUGCAUAAACAGCUGAGUGAAUUUACAUAGAACACAGCAGUAUUUAUUUGCUUUUCCUCUGCCUUCCUUACACUAUCCUUGAACAGGUGCAUUCUGCAGAGUGUUCUGUCCUUCCUAAAAGACCAGUGCCUUAGGUGCUCAAAGUUAGAUGCUGACGUGAAAGUUGGCCACCAACAUGCCUUUGAGGACCAAAAUGUUCAGGUUAAUGUAAUUGUCACACAGAUGUUGUCGUGAACUGAUGAGAAUGAUCCUGAGGGUAAAGCUGCCCUUGUCUCACAGGUGGUUUGUGUGCCUCAGUCACCAGAAAAGUGGCUGAGAAAGAGUCCAUCAGUGAAGUGGUUCUUUAGUCUUGCAUUCCUGGUGCUGCAUAGUCAGGGCUUAACACAUGUCUGGAUCCAGAUAAAUGCCUGGAAUUGUGUGGACGGUGUGUCCACCGCUCCAAGCUGAAAAGCACACCUGCAUCAGCCCCCACUAGAGAAACUGUAACUUUGCUUUCCACAGAGAAUUUUUUGUUUUGGGAUGAUCUUAUUUCUUGUUACAAGCAAUUAACAUCCUACAGGGCAUUUUCUUUUUCUAGCAUCUCCACUACUGCCCUACAAAGUCUAAUCCCAGUCUAAUGACCGGAGAAAAAACCUAACCCAUGUCUACCCAUGGGAUGAUGCUGUUGAGGAGAUCCAAAAGUGCUCUUCCUACAGAAGUCUCUCAAUUGGGAAAACCACUUUGCUUUUGCAUAAAGGUAACAAAACCAACAGUUAAUGCACUCCAGUGCUGAGUGGUAGAAGUUGGAUGUUACAGAUUCUUCUUACAGUGCCAAGCUCAUGUGCUCAUCACCUGUGUUCAAACUACAGUUCCACAAGCAACUUUUCAUAAAGUUUUAUUUGUUCAUUUUUAUAGUUCACAGUCUGUCAGUCAAAUGUUUUCUGGUUUGGAUAUUGGCAGAUAAAUUCUUCUACUUUCUCUAGGGACUGUGCAGCCAAAUAAAAUCACUGCUUGGUUUCAGAAAGGGUUGAAUGAGUAAAAAAUAGUGAACAAAGAAAUUCAAAUUUCAAAAGGGAUGGGUGGAAAUUUUAAAUCUCAGUGUCCAUGUAUGUAUAAUAGAGGUAACAUGGGAAGAAAAUGCAAAUAAAGACUGUUUCUUCCUA